CAUACAUAAAUAAGAGACCAUUUACACAGACAGAGUGAAAGAGGAAGAUGGAAGGAGCAGUUAAUCAUAGAUGGUCUCUAAAGGGGAUGACUGCUCUAGUGACAGGAGGAACCAAAGGGAUAGGGAAGGCAGUGGUGGAGGAGUUGGCUGGCUUUGGAGCAGCAGUGCACACAUGCUCACGCAAUGAAGAAGAACUGAAGGCGAGCUUGAAACUCUGGGUUGACAAAGGCUUCAAUGUCACAGGUUCCAUAUGUGAUGUUACUUCACGGGCCCAACGUGAGAAGCUCAUCGCUGAUGUCUUUACAAUCUUCAAAGGAAAGCUUAACAUCCUUGUAAAUAAUGUAGGGAUAGGAUAUCCGAAAGCAACAAUUGAUAUCACAGAGGAGGACUUGUCAUUCACCUGGUCCACCAACUUUGAGUCUGCUUUCCACCUUUGCCAGCUCUCACACCCACUGUUGAAAACUUCAGGUUGUGCAAGUGUGGUGUUUGUCUCUUCUGUGUCCGGUGUCAUUGGCUGUCCCAGCGGCACCCCAUAUGCUGCAACCAAAGGAGCAAUGAAUCAGUUAACAAAGAACUUAGCCUGCGAGUGGGCUAAGGACAACAUUCGCACAAACUGUGUGGCUCCGUGGUUCAUCAAAACAGCUCUAACUGAGCAAGCGAUCAAAGAUGAGGCUUUGAUGGUGCAGAUACGGGAACGAACACCGCUACAGCGAGUUGCAGAGCCAGAGGAGGUGUCAUCCCUGAUUGCGUUUUUGUGUCUCCCGGCGGCUUCAUACAUCACCGGUCAGGUCAUAGCCGUCGAUGGUGGAUUGACCAUUAAUGGUUUCUAUAAUAUGCUUGACUAA